CCAUAUUUCUGAUACAUAACAAAAACAACGUGGUAUCAAAUUGUUCAACUGUUUAACUAUUUAACUAUAUAAAUUACUUGACCAUAACUUACGUCAAUUAUUUUUUCUCAAACAAAAUUCUCGAUUCUCUGUGGAUGUGUUUUGUGUACGCCUCAUACCAAAUUUCACUAAAUAACAAAAAAACUUACAUCAUUUAUUUUUUCUCAAACAAAAUUCUCGAUUCUCAAAAUUCUCAAAAAACAGUUUAGUUUAAAAAAAUUAUUCAGAUAUUUUGACUGAUAGAUUACUGAAUCAAUUUUAUAUGGCAUUUAAGUCUCAACUAGUAUUAUUUUCACUCCCUUCUGCGUUUAUUUGUUUAUCGCUAACUAAAUUCUUUGGUGUUUGUUUUCCUUAAAAAUUUUUCGGUUAGGUGAGUUUUGUCAUGUGGAAGAAGUUGCGUGAGGCUGUUUUCAGUCGGUCUGUGACUGAGCUUCAGCCAAUAGACGAGAACAAAACAGAUAAUGAAGAGAAGAAACCAGACUCGUCAAGCAAUAACAACCGGAGGAGGAACCGGCGACCCCAGCGCAAAUCAUCGACUAGAGUGUUCACCACUAGAGACGGGGGGUUGCUGAUUGAGACUGCGGGGGGCCGGGGGAAGAACAGUCGAGGAGGAUGGUCUCUCAAUUUUAAUCCCUCCUCCUCACAAAACCACGAGUCGGAAUGGACCGCCACUGAUCAGAUGGAUGCGGCCAGGAAGCAAAUGAGGGCAAGAGUGUUGCAGAAGACAGGGAUGCCAGAUGUAGAUCUCGUGCACAAGGACUCCCCCCUCAGGGACAACCCCCUUAUGCCCAAACGACCCUUCAAAUCACGUGUGGACCACAACUCGAUUGUGAUAUCGACCAAAUCGAGCAGCAGUGCCUACAAGUCCACACCCACCAGCGAAUCCCCCUCCCGCAAGAAGUCCAGCACGUCAUCUUCUGCAUUCAUACCCCAAUUAGACAAAGUGUCGACCAGUGGUGUACUUGAUGAGAAUGAGACUCGAUCGACCAUCUCCGGGGGAGGGGUACGGGGAGGGGUCAAAGGUGGGGACGGGGAUGUUGGCAAGAAGAAAGUCAGACCCCCGAAGAAAACUUCAACCUCCUCCGCUCCUGUUUUCGAGACUGAUAAAAGAGUAGAUGUCAAACAGCAAGAAAGAUUGCUGAAACAGGACAGAGAAAGAACGAUGGCAGCACUGGCAGCGGCAGAGAGCGAUCCACAAACGACUUUGAAGUAUGCCUCAAGGCCAUCCAAGUGUGCAUGGACCAUACACCCAGUGUACAAAUGGCAAGCGCCCAAUCUGUUCCAGAAGGCAUUCCUCCCCACCAUAGACUCACUGGAGAACCUACUCACAAAACAGGUGCUGAUCGAGGGUGAACUGACUUAUCUGCUCGGGUCAGUUCGGGCCAGCCAGUUUGGGUCCAUCACCAACCCCGGCUUCUGCAUCAAUUCCGGAAUAUACAUCUGGAUCUCUGACUUCGACGGGCCAGAAACCAUCACGCAACGCAAACUCAGGGUUCAGCUGGAACUUCUGGGAAUCAAAAGUAUGUCCAUAACUUCUGAAGAUUUAUCAAUUUGUGUGUACCAAUUAGCCGAAUUUGAUCACAACUUGAUCGGAAAAGUUCACCAAAUGACAUUUCCUAAUAAGGAAUCUGAUUUGAGACUAGACCUCAAAUGUGAAGCUGAUCUGGAAGCAACUGUCAAUCAAAACGGAAAAGUUCAAGAAGGAGACAAAGGUGAAACAGGGAACAAAGGUCAACAACCAAAUCCAGGUCAAGUUGUAAAAGAAGAUAACGGCGCUGCUUUCAAAAGCAUAGCAUCAAUUAGUAGCAAUGCAACGGUUAUGAAAAAAAUCUCAACAUCUAGUCUCAAAUCCGAAUACCAAACAGUCGAAAAAGAGAAAAAAGAUUCAAGUUAUGGACGCAAAAUUCCAAUAGGUUCAAAUAUUCACUUGAACGAUGGCAAAUCUAGUAGCGCCUUUGCCGCCUCAAUCAAAAUUGAUGUCACAAAAAUAUUCGGAAGGUCUGAAAGAAAAUCCGAUGUCCAGUUAUGGGUCACCUUAGAACCAAGAAGCUCUCAAAAUCGGAAAACUAGUCAGAAUGGAUCUAUCGCUCAAUACGUGAAAUUCAGAGGAGUGCAGUUUGUUUAUGAAAAAGUAGUCGGGGUUAAUAAAAAGUAUUAAAAAAGUCAUAUUAUUAAUAAACUGUUUCCAUUCGCUGCUACCAAGUCGUUUGCUAGUUUAAAGUAGAAGUUAAAUUUAUAUAAAAGAUUUGGUGAUGUUUGUGAUCUAGGUUAAUGAAAUGAAUUUUUUAUCUGAAUCUGUUAAUUUAUUUUAC